CUCUAGAACUCGCCUUCUGGCGGACUUGCUGGGCUUGUUUGGGGAGAUAACUUGCUUCGCUCCCACCCGCAUCCCCUUUCCUUGACCCCUUCCAGUCGGACGUUCUAGAUGACUGAAUGGAGUUUUGAGUUGGACUCUUGUGUCCCCUACGGAGUCGGGCCUGAUCCCGGAGCGCUGGGGGUGGGGUGGAGGUGUUACUGUAAAAUGCAAGUUGGAUAAAAGGAGCACCUCUCGCCAAGGGCCCCAAUGAGUGGCACACAGUCUACUAUCACCGACAGAUGUCGUGUUGGUCAACACAGGGACUGCCUCUUCUGAAGGACUGAGCCCAGCCAGACCCGACCCAGAAGGUUUCCCCUCAAAAAACCUAUAAGGCAUGGAAGUAUUUUGAACCGAGAGUCACCAACAGAUAAGAAGCAGAAAGUUGAGCGCAGUACAUCACAUGAUUUUGACCCCACAGGUCUUGUUCAGCGUUGUGUGAUCAUCCAGAAGGAUGACAAUGGAUUUGGGCUGACGGUCAGUGGAGACAAUCCAGUGUUCGUACAGUCUGUCAAAGAAGAUGGAGCAGCCAUGCGGGCUGGAGUACAGACAGGUGAUCGAAUCAUCAAGGUGAAUGGAACUCUGGUGACUCAUUCAAACCAUUUGGAAGUGGUGAAGCUAAUCAAAUCGGGUUCCUAUGUAGCUCUCACUGUUCAGGGACGCCCACCUGGGUCGCCCCAGAUUCCACUUGCUGAUUCUGAAGUUGAGCCAUCAGUCAUUGGACAUAUGUCUCCCAUCAUGACAUCCCCUCAUUCACCUGGAGCAUCUGGGAAUAUGGAGAGAAUUACUAGCCCUGUACUCAUGGGGGAGGAAAACAAUGUGGUUCAUAACCAGAAAGUAGAAAUUCUGAGAAAAAUGUUACAGAAAGAACAGGAACGGCUACAGUUAUUGCAGGAAGAUUACAGCCGAACACCUGCCCAAAGAUUGCUAAAAGAGAUCCAAGAGGCCAAGAAACACAUUCCUCAACUGCAAGAGCAGUUAUCCAAAGCCACAGGCUCUGCUCAGGAUGGAGCUGUAGUUACAUCCUCCAAGCCAUUAGGUGACGGGCCAGCAAUCAGUGAAGCAGAAGCAGAUCCUGGUGAUGGACUAGGCAGAAUUGACUGUGGCAGUGGAGAUGCUUCUCGGCCCAGUAGUGACAGUGCCGAUAGUCCCAAGAGUGGCCUGAAAGAGAGGAUUUAUCUAGAGGAAAACCCAGAGAAAACUGAAGUAAUUCAGGACAUUGACACUCAGUCACUUAUUGGGAGUCCCUCUACUCGGAUAGCACCUCAUAUUAUUGGAGCAGAGGAUGAUGACUUUGGUACUGAACAUGAACAGAUCAAUGGGCAGUGCAGCUGUUUCCAGAGCAUUGAACUGCUAAAAUCUCGCCCUGCUCACUUGGCUGUUUUCUUACACCAUGUAGUUUCACAGUUUGACCCUGCAACACUGCUCUGUUAUCUCUAUUCAGACCUGUAUAAACAGACCAAUUCCAAGGAGACUCGUCGUGUCUUCCUUGAGUUUCAUCAGUUCUUCCUGGAUCGAUCUGCACACCUGAAAGUUUCUGUUCCUGAUGAAAUAUCAAUAGAUCUAGAAAAAAGAAGACCUGAGCUUAUUCCUGAGGAUCUACAUCGCCACUAUAUCCAAACUAUGCAAGAAAGAGUCCACCCAGAAGUUCAGAGGCACUUGGAAGAUUUUCGACAGAAACGUAGCAUGGGGCUGACCUUGGCUGAAAGCGAACUGACUAAACUUGAUGCAGAGAGAGACAAGGACCGGGUAACUUUGGAGAAGGAACGGGCAUGUGCAGAACAGAUCGUUGCCAAAAUCGAAGAAGUGUUGAUGACUGCUCAGGCUGUAGAAGAAGAUAAGAGUUCGACAAUGCAAUAUGUUAUUCUCAUGUACAUGAAGCAUUUGGGAGUAAAAGUGAAAGAACCUCGAAAUUUGGAGCACAAGCGGGGUCGGAUUGGAUUCCUUCCAAAAAUCAAGCAAAGUAUGAAGAAAGAUAGGGAAGGCGAAGAAAAAGGGAAGCGAAGAGGAUUCCCCAGCAUCUUGGGACCUCCAAGGAGACCAAGCCGUCAUGACAACAGUGCAAUUGGCAGAGCCAUGGAACUACAGAAGCAGCGACACCCUAAGCACUUAUCCACACCCUCAUCUGUGAGUCCUGAACCUCAGGACUCUGCUAAGUUGCGCCAGAGUGGAUUAGCAAGUGAAGGAGCAGACAUUGGAUACCUGCCAGCCAAUUCCAUGUCCGCCAUGGUUUCAGGGGCCACUCUUUCCCAGGAAGGAGGGAAAGAGAAUGAUAUGGGAUCAAAACAAGUUGCAGAAACGCCAGCACCUGGAGACUCCUUAGAUGGCACACCUCGUACUCCUAAUACCAUCUUUGAUUUCCCCCCUCCUCCAUUAGACCAAGUGCAGGAGGAGGAAUGGGAAGUAGAAAGGGUAGCUGAACAUGGGACACCAAAGCCCUUUCGAAAGUUUGACAGCAUAGCUUUUGGAGAAAGUCAAAGUGAGGAUGAACAGUUUGAAAAUGACUUAGAGACAGAUCCACCCAACUGGCAACAGCUCGUUAGUCGAGAAGUGUUAUUGGGACUAAAGCCUUGUGAGAUCAAAAGACAAGAAGUAAUUAAUGAAUUGUUCUACACUGAAAGAGCUCAUGUUCGAACACUGAAGGUUCUAGAUCAAGUGUUCUAUCAGCGAGUGUCCAGAGAAGGAAUUCUGUCACCUUCAGAACUACGGAAAAUUUUUUCAAACUUGGAAGAUAUUCUUCAGCUUCACAUUGGAUUGAAUGAGCAAAUGAAGACUGUUCGAAAGAGGAAUGAGACUUCUGUUAUUGAUCAGAUUGGGGAAGAUUUGCUGACCUGGUUCAGUGGACCUGGGGAGGAAAAGUUGAAACAUGCUGCUGCUACGUUUUGCAGUAACCAACCCUUUGCCCUGGAAAUGAUCAAGUCUCGUCAGAAAAAGGAUUCUCGAUUCCAGACUUUUGUGCAGGAUGCUGAGAGCAAUCCACUGUGUCGUCGUUUGCAGCUGAAGGAUAUCAUUCCCACCCAAAUGCAGAGGCUUACUAAGUACCCUCUUCUGUUGGAUAAUAUUGCCAAAUACACAGAAUGGCCAACAGAAAGGGAAAAGGUGAAGAAAGCUGCAGAUCACUGUCGUCAGAUCUUAAAUUAUGUAAAUCAGGCUGUUAAGGAGGCAGAAAACAAGCAGCGCUUAGAAGACUAUCAGCGUCGCCUUGAUACCUCCAAUCUGAAGUUGUCAGAGUACCCAAAUGUUGAAGAGCUCAGGAAUUUGGAUUUAACAAAAAGGAAGAUGAUUCAUGAAGGGCCGUUGGUUUGGAAGGUGAAUAGAGAUAAAACAAUUGAUCUAUACACAUUGCUGCUGGAAGAUAUUCUUGUAUUGUUACAAAAACAGGAUGAUAGACUGGUGUUGAGGUGUCAUAGUAAGAUUCUGGCAUCUACAGCUGAUAGCAAACACACGUUUAGCCCUGUCAUCAAGUUGAAUACAGUGUUGGUUCGGCAGGUGGCAACAGAUAACAAAGCUUUGUUUGUCAUCUCCAUGUCUGACAAUGGAGCCCAAAUUUAUGAACUGGUGGCACAGACAGUUUCUGAAAAGACUGUCUGGCAGGACCUAAUCUGUCGGAUGGCUGCAUCAGUGAAGGAGCAGUCCACAAAGCCAAUUCCACUGCCACAGUCACCACCUUGCGAAGGAGACAAUGAUGAAGAAGAACCUCCAAAAUUAAAAGUGGAACAUCAUGGCGUUUCAGUCACUGGUCUGCAGAGUCCAGACAGAGAUUUGGGAUUAGAGUCUCCUUUAAUGUCGUCAAAACCUCAAUCUCAUGCACUGGGUACCUCUGGGAAAUCGGAGGUAGAUGAUCUCUUUGUGUCUGAGAGACAGUUUGCAAAGGAGCAGCAUGCAGAUGGGACUCUAAAGGAAGUUGGAGUAAAUUAUCAAGUCACAAUCCCAGAUCCACACUUGCCUGUCUCAGAAGAACGGUGGGCAUUGGAUGCACUAAGGAAUCUGGGUUUGUUGAAGCAGUUGCUGGUACAACAGCUGGGUUUGACUGAGAAGAGCACUCAGGAAGACUGGCCACAUUUCUCAAGAUGCAGGACAGCCUCUCUGGGGGUACAGGCAGACAGCAGAACCCAGAACCCUGAAAACAUUAAGGCCUAUCAUCCUGGUGAAGGACAGAUGCCCUUUAGAACUGGAACUGGUGAUGUUUCAGCUUGUUACAGUCCACGGACUUCACCUGAAUCUUCUGCUCCACGGGAUUCAGUGGUACUGGCAUUCCAAGAUAGCCAGGCAAGUAACAUUUUAGUCAUGGACCACAUGAUAAUGACCCCAGUGAUGCCUCCUGCAGAGCCAGAAGGGGGUCUUGAUGAGAGUGGAGAGCACUUUUUUGAUGCCCGUGAAGCACAUAGUGAUGAUAAUCCAUCAGAAGGUGAUGGAGCAGUUAAAAAGGAAGAGAAGGAUGUUAAUUUGCGCAUCUCAGGAACCUAUUUGAUCCUUGAUGGCUAUGAAACAGUGCAGGAGAGCUCCACGGAUGAGGAGGUUGCUUCCUCGCUUCCCCCGCAGCCCACGACAGGCAUCCCCUCCAUGGACUGUACCCACCAGCAGCAACAUUCUCCCCAGAACGCUCAUUCUGAUGGGGCAGUUUCACCAUUCACCCCAGAAUUCCUGGCCCAGCAGCGCUGGGGAGCUAUAGAGGAUUCCUGUUUUGAGAUCCAGAGUCCCUCCUCUUGUGCAGACUCACAAAGCCAGAUCCUGGAGUACAUUCAUAAGAUAGAGGCUGACCUUGAACACUUAAAGAAGGUGGAGGAAAGUUACACCAUUCUUUGCCAAAGGCUGGCUGGAUCAGCCCUCACAGACAAGCACUCAGAUAAAAGUUAGAGCCGUGUGUCCCAGAGGUGACUGCAGGUUGUUGGAUUUGAGCAUCGGCCUUGUAUCACCAUGUCCUGGCUCCAGUGUGGACACAGAGAGAGUGUGUGACAGAGGAUCUGCCUGCAAACACCCUGGGGGAGCCUCGCCCCAGUGGCCCAGAGUGGGACUGGUUCUUCACAGCCUGGCAGCUGCACUAGUCUGUCAGUGAGAGGACAUCCAUUCUCUCACUCUGCUCUCCUCACUAUCGGAAAUUCAUUUUGAUUCAGAACAAAAACCAAAUGUAUAGAGCUUUGGGUGUAGAAUAUGAAAUUUUACUUAGACUUAAGAAAAAGAGAAAAUCAUAUGUAUUUAUUUGACUUCAUUCCGUAUUUGAAAGCACAUUUUAAUUUUUAUUUUGCCAUGUUUUGUUUUAAUUGAGUAGUGAGAGUUUUAGCCCUUUGUAUUUAGUACACCCAAGGAUCGAUUGCUCCUGAAGCACAGUUCAGGAUGGGGUAUUAAGAGGUGGGGUAUAGAGGUGAAGGGGGGGAGGGAGUAAGCAGGGGAGGGAGGAGCAUGUGGCCUCCACAUAACUGUAUCCCAUGCCCUCUGCUUCUCUGAGGGUCACCUCUAAAGCGUAGUCUGCUGCGACUCCUAAGUGCAGAGGACUUGAGCUCUGUGCUCCCAGGUAGGGCUUCCUCCCACCCGAGGCAAGCACCUCUUCUCUGUAGCUGGGAUCCACUCCCAAUGAACAGGAAUCCUCAAUGUACUAAACAGCAGGCACUUGAAAAUGGGUGUAUUUUCUUCUGUUGUCUCCUUUUCUGUUGAGGGCUGGGAUUUGGGAGGGAGAGGAAAGCAAAUUUUAUUUUCUUGACUAUAAAUUUGUUAUUCUUG